AAUUCGAUUCAAAGGAUUCACUUUUGAAAGUGUAGGGAAAAGAAAAAGCAUGCAAAAGAUGCCAAAGAAACAGAGAAAUCUCCAACAUCAGAUUCUUUUCUUUUGCUUUGAAGCAAACCGACCCUCCCAAUCAUUCAGCCAACUUUCAAAUUCCAAACCCUCCCAAUCACUUCACUUGCAUAUAUUUAACAACGAAAGAAUAAGAGGGAGGGGGUAACUUGAACCAAAUAUGACGACGCUGCAGAAAUUCAAGCUAUUAGCGACGCACUGCGGCGUCACCCAAAGCCCAACGAGAAGUCCAAGGACGAGUCCCCUCGUCAACUUCCGUCGCCCCAAAACCACAUUGCGAAUGCUCCUCACCAGAACCGGUAGUCGGAAAUCAUCAAACACUCCGCAGAGUUUCUCCGGCAUUCCGGCCGAGAAAAAGAAGGGCAACGGUCACAGUUUGAAGGAUUUAUUUGUAUCAUCUCCGUCGCUAGAAGGAGAUGGCAACGAAUGUAAAACCGUCGAGGAUAAAUUUGGCGGAAAGGGUGAAGUAGUUUUAGCGACGAAAGUCGGUGGUCUUAAUGGACUAGGAGGUGAACCGGGAUCGCCUAGGCCGGGUUGGAUGGGGUUCAGGCAUCGGAUGCUGUUGAGGAAAGCUUGGCGUCCCACGCUUCAGACAAUCCAUGAGUAGUUUUCUGCUCCUUUUUGUUAUUAUGUAGCCAAAUUUUUCAUUUUACUUUUGGAUUUGCGUUAGGCGUUUAAAUCUCUUCUUAAACGCACAUGUUAUGUGAACAAAUUAAUCAGUUCAGUUGGC